CAAGUAUUCCAGUGACACACCUGCAGUGAGAGGCAACAAAAACAAUCAAAGACAAGAGAAAGACGAGAGCUAGAGUGGCUGGAGUAGCCCUUAGAGAGACACUACUAUCCUCUCCUAUUGGACUAUGUCCUACUGGAUCAUAGUCCCUAGCCAUGGAAGGUCAUGAAAACUCAAUUAAGCAGAAUUUGCAGGACAGAUUGUUGGAUGCAGUUAAACAGUGUCAGACUCAUUUUGGUGCGAGGCAGGAGGUAGCCAGUGAGAGCGAUUUACGUGUCAACACCCUCUGCCUCGAAUGGGAGGCUGUCCUGAGUCAUGGGUUCAAAAAACCAAAGACAACUAAGCUAUUAGGGUUUGGUAAGGUCGAUAAUCUUACGGGCAUUGCCUUCUGGCCAGCCAUUCGUCCAUUACUUAGCAGUGAGGAGAAAGAAAGGUUUGCCUGUCUACGUUUCAUCACUACCGAUAUCGGAAGAGGGAGGGCGUGGCUUAGAGGCUCGAUCAAUGAGCGAACGCUAGAAAACUACAUGCAGACUUUGCUCUCGGAUCGUAAUCACCUGAGAAACCAUUACGAGCCUCAUGCGUUUGUCAUGGACGAGGAGAGGGGGACAAUGCUACCAGUCAUGGCUGCUGGUCUUAGCUCCAUCAUAUUUUCUAUUGCGUUUGACGUCGACUAUCUCAAUUCUCCUUUGAAGACCUUUGAGGUUCCUCGAAUUGACUCCGCCCUACAGCCAGCCUCCUCCUCUGUGGUAGCCGCCUCCAUUAAACCAUCAUUCGCUUUGAGAAUGGGCUCCGCCCCUCAAGAUGACGACGUGGUCGCCAUUAGCAACAAGAAAGGAAAAAAGAAAAAGAAAAAGACACCGUCUCCGGACUCUAACCUACUUGAUCAGACCACGCCCACAAACCCAAUCAAUCAAGCCACGCCCAUCAAUCCGUUUGAUGAGACCCCCACUGCCACUAAUCCUUUUGACAUUGACACCCCUACUAAUCCUUUCCCCGAGUCUGUUCUACCUAGUGAUGUAUGUAAUCUUGGUCCAGUUUCAGGUAGCACUCAUCAGUAUGGUGAUCGGCCUCUUGUGGGUGUGGCUUACCCUUUUCCUAGUCUAUCCCCUGAAGGAGAGGAGGAGGAGGGAGAGGAUGACAGAGGAGGAGGGGGAGGGGGAACUGGGAGUUGUUCUCCUGUUGAUAGUGUUCAUAGUUAUUCUGACGAGAUGGGAUACACAACUCUGUUCAAUCCUUCGUCAUUUUCGUCUUCUUCUGCCCUCAAUGCAUUGGAGGGGGCACUCCUGGCCACUCAGUCUCUACCCUCAUCUCACAAUCCUUCACCAAUACCCACGGUUAUGCCAACAGAAAUCAGUGGAGGAGGUGGUGGUGGAGGUUGGAUGAGUGAAAGUGAAAUGAAAGAAGCACUCAGAGCUCUUGCAAGGAGCAAGGAGAGCAUAGAGGAGUCACAGAAAGCUACACUCGAGGAACUGAAUGUGGAGAGAGAGAGGGUUAAGAACCUGGAAAAGGAAUUGGAGGAAGUUCAGCAGAAGUUGAAUAGCACAGAUGAAGCACAUACCCAGCAGCAGCAGUCACUGGAAAGAGAAAACGACUUAUUGAGAGAACAGCUAAAGAGAUAUGUUGGAAUGGUCAAGCAGCAGCAAGGAGGAGAAGGAAAAGGAGACGGAGACGAAGAGACAGAGAGUGAGCAAACAAGCAAAAAGCUAGUAGAAAUGGCUGAGAUGUACGGCGAGUUAAUGGAGUUUAACGAGCACCUACACAAGUCGACUCAGACCAAGAACAACAUCAUCAUUAAAUUAGUGAGAACACUCAAACUGGCAAACAUACCACUGCCUGUAUCCCCUGAUCUACUACCAAGGGAAGCACUGGAACCAGCUAAAACCGUGGAGGUCUGGAUACCAUCUGUGAUUAAGCGUGGGCGUGGACCAGAUGCACAUCAUGCGUACCAAGUGUAUGUGAAACUGGGGAGUGAGGAAUGGAACGUGUACAGGCGCUAUGCUCAAAUGUACGAGUUUCACAAGCAACUGCUCAAGAAUCUUCAAGGCAUGGAAGACUUUACGUUCCCACCAAAGAAAGCGAUUAGGAACAAGGGCUCACAGGUGAUAGAGGAAAGGAGGAAGAGGCUCCAGCAGUAUCUGAGGUCUGUCCUUGAUCUUUGCUCUCAGCCUGUCAUCAAGAGAAGAGAUGGUCGUGUCAAUACGGCCUUCAUCACUGAAGGGAUGAGCAAGGAACAGUUCUUGAAAAUCCUACCUUUCUUUGAUGACAGUACUGUUGCUUCUAGUCAGCCAAAGGUUCCUGUUCAACGCUCUCCAUCAUACAGUGGGCUAUAACUGUUUUAAUUAUUAGUAGAGAUCCAUUUUAAUUUAUAUCAUCCACCGCUGCAUAAUUUGUGUGUAUUAUAUUAAUUUCAAUGUUAUUAUAUUAU